AUGGCCACGCCCACGGGCAAUGACGCCAAUCUAACAGGCAAAAGACUCAAUGUCCUCGUUUAUUCUGGUUCGCUCACCCACUCCGCUUGGCAACUUAGUCGUUUUCUGACCAGCAAUGCCUCGCUGGCUACAGGAAACGGAACCACCGUCGACUCGGUCCGCCACUGCCUCUACACGCUGCGCCGCCUGCUCGCUCCCCACUAUGCUGUCAUCCCGGUCACCGGUGAUAUGCUCCUGAAGGAGCCAUGGAUGGCUACCUGUGCCCUGCUGGUGAUCCCCGGUGGCGCGGACCUGGGGUAUUGCCGCACGCUAAACGGUGCGGGGAACAGGCGCAUUGCACAAUUCGUGCGCCGUGGCGGAAGAUACUUGGGUCUGUGUGCUGGUGGCUACUAUGGGUGCAAGCGCUGCGAGUUUGAGGUGGGUGAUAAGACAAUGGAGGUUGUUGGGGAUCGAGAACUCGGCUUCUUCCCAGGUACCUGCCGUGGUGGUGCGUUCCCGGGCUUCGUCUACCAUAGCGAAGCGGGGGCACGGGCAGCAGACCUUGUCGUCUCGAAGGAGGCGCUGAGUUCUGGCACUGUUCCGGAGCACUUCCGGUCCUACUACAAUGGCGGCGGUGUCUUCGUCGAUGCGUCCAAGUUCGCGGACCAAGGCGUCGAAGUACUAGCCAGCUAUAGCGAGAAACUCAACGUCGACCCUGGAGAUGGUAGCGCAGCUGUGGUCUACUGCAAGGUUGAGGACGGGGCAGCCAUUCUGACAGGGCCACACCCAGAGUUUGCUGCUGCGAAUCUCGACCCGAAGGCUGACGGAUCGGAAUUUGCGGGCGUUGUUGACGCCAUUGCCGCUGACGACAAGGAGCGAACCGACUUCCUGAAGGCUUGUCUGUCCAAACUGGGCUUGCAGAUCUCCCAAGACAACCCGACAGUUCCCUCGCUAUCUUCUUUGCAUGUGUCUGGCUCGGACCCUGAGGGUCCCUUGGAGAUUUUGGCAUUGAUGGCAGAUGCCUUGACUAACGAAGGGGAUGUUGAGUAUCUCAAAGACGAAACCGACACUUUCCGCAUUGAGCGACCUGGCACUUGGAACUUGAGUGACCUGGAAGCAUCUCUGCCGGCUGAACCGGCUAAGAAGGACGAAGGAAUCGUCGACUAUCAGGCCAUUAUCAAGCGACUUGUGAUCCAUGACGACCUUCCGUCCUCGAAGCUGACACCGUAUUUCAAUCACCAUGCAUUUUACGCCAACCUUCGCCACUACCAGUCUGAAUCCCGCGAAGGAGCCUCGCAGUUUGGGUCCAACCUUCUCUACGGGGAGGUGUUGACCAGCACCAACACGAUUCUGGAGAAAAACACGAAGCUUCUUCGCCGCCUACCACACGGGUUUACCGCCACAGCAACUGUCCAGGUUGCCGGACGGGGCCGGGGCUCAAACGUCUGGGUCUCUCCUGCUGGCGCGCUGAUGUUUUCGACAGUCGUCCGUCAUCCGAUCGAGAAGAUCCAGUCUGCGCCAGUGGUAUUCAUUCAAUAUCUAUCUGCCAUGGCCGUGGUAAAGGGCAUCAAGAGCUACGCCAAGGGCUACGAAAAUAUUCCCGUGAAGAUGAAAUGGCCCAACGACAUUUAUGCACUCGACCCCGCCGACCCAGAACAAAAACGCUACACCAAAAUCUGCGGCAUUCUCAUCAACUCCCACUUCAUGGCAAACGAAUACAUCUCCGUGGUUGGGAUCGGCCUCAACGCCACAAAUGUUUCCCCGACAACAGCAUUAACAGCAUUAGUAUCCCGCUACGCUGGCCCUGCCACCGCAGCCGCAUCGCCCGUGACACUGGAGAAACUCCUUGCUCGCAUCUUAACCACCUUCGAAGAACUCUACACCCGGUUCCUGCGCACGGGCUUCGACCACGGCUUCGAGACCAUGUACUACGAGGACUGGCUGCACAUGCACCAAAUCGUGACUCUGGAGGAAGAAGGCGGCGCGCGCGCCCGCAUUCAGGGCAUCACCCGGGAUUAUGGCCUUUUGCUGGCACAGGAGCUAGGGUGGGGCGAUCGGCCGACUGGACGGGUGUGGCAGUUGCAGAGUGAUAGUAAUAGCUUUGAUUUCUUUAGGGGGUUGGUGAAGCGGAAGGUGUAG